GCGACACCCUCUCUCUCUGCCGCGCGCCCUCCCCGGCGUUCUAGAAAGCCGCCGCGCCGCCGCCACCUCAGCGCCAAUGAGGGGACUCGGUCCAGCCGCCCAGCCCAGGCCAGUGGUGCAGGGAGAGGACGGUGCAGACGACCUCAUCCCCUUCGCCAAGUGCUCCAGGGUGGUCAGCCGACCUGCACCACCCCGCCUGCCUUCCCAGAGCCUCACGCUGAUGCCCCAGCGGUAUGGAGACCUCUUCUGGGAGAGCCUUAGCCAAAGGCCCAGCCCCACCUGGACGGAAGAAUGGCACAUCCCUCCCACGCCGAGAGCCACUGGUUGCUCCCAGCCUGGCCUGUACCCCCUUGAGAGGCUCCCACCCCCUGAGGUGCUUUGCAGAAGAAAGAGAAGGAGGCCACAUUUGGCGGGAAUGCAGCAGGGACCUGCGGGCAUCCCAGCCCAGGUGAGGGCUGUCACUUAUCACCUGGAGGAUCUAAGGAGGCGACAGAGAAUCAUCAAUGAACUGAAGAAGGCUCAGUGGGACGUCUCGGGGGCCGCACCUGAGCCCCUGGCACCUGCCACUGCCGGCUACGGAGUCCCCAGCGCCACCGAGUACCCGGGUCUGGAAGAGGCGAGGGCUACCUAUCCACAGGAGGGCCACCCUCUCACCACUGGCAGGACCCAGCUGCUCUGGUCCCCCUGGAGCCCCCUGGGCCUGGGGGGGUCUGGUGUCCCCAGACGACUGGGCUCUCUGGCCUCCUACAGCGCUGUCCCAGCGGGCAGGAACCGCCUCCGCUCCCCCUGGGGCAUGGAGGUGCAGUCUGCGGAGUAAGGAGGAACCCCCAGGCCCUAGGUGUCCGCGCGCUGCCUGGUGGGGGGAGGGGGCGGGCAGGCUCGCCGGCAGACCUGGAGCCUCCCCCU